AUGAAGAUCGUCUCAACUCAGCAACAAGGUUGCUUCUCCCACGGCCAAGGAUCUCGCUCCCCCGCGUUGAUUAUGCCCCAAGACCUCGUUGUUCUACGGUCACUGCCACACCAUGGUAGCAACACACAAUGCUGCGACACGGCUGUGGUGGACCCCGCUUUAGUGUCUCCGCCUGGAUAUCAAGGUGGCUCCCUUGCGCAGUCGUCCGCGCCCAAGCUCGCCGCCACCUUCAACAUACUCCUCGGCGUUCAGUCUUUUCCAAACAUCUCCGACUACACUAACAUCAGGCAUUCGCUCAGUCUUCAUCACUCUUUAAAAGCUCAGUAUCCCGUCAGCCUCUCCGCACUUCAGCCCCUGGGCAAGGCCGCGUUCCUCCUUACGGUCUUUCAACCCGACCCAGAGGCGACCAUCGAGCGCAGGCUGGAGCGCCAUGUGCCACAGGCGUAUGCACACUGUCCUAUCUGCCUGGAAUUUAUGGGCCACUAA